UAUAUUGAUAUAUUUGCGCUAAAGAGUGUCAUAUAUCCAUGGCUCCACCAAUUCGCAUCUCUCCCAUCUUCUGCUUCUGCUUCUGUGCACUCCUAGUGAAACUGAUAUCCUUUUCCGAAGCCAAUGACGAUGUCCUCUUACCUCUCCAGAACAUGCCUCUGCGAUCUGAUGAACCAGUCGACGACGUCCACGAUCUGCUCAACAAAUACGGCUUUCCCAAGGGUAUUCUUCCCGACAACGUCAAAUCCUACAAUCUCUCCGACAAAGGCGUCUUGCGCGUCGAACUCCAAAAGCGUUGUACUGUGUCGUUGGGUAUUCGGUACAAUACGAAAAUCAGAGCGAGACUUGCUUACGGAUCGUUGACCCGAGUGAACGGAAUUCGGGGACUGACGGAACAUGGGUUUUGGUUGACGAGGUCGCAUCCAGGUGAAUGAGAAUUCAGGCACUGUUGGAUUCAGCAUGGUGGGCUGUUUAAGGAUUUUCCUGCCAAGGAGUUCAAUGUUGCGCCUGCAUGUGUGGCAAAAGGAAAUGACUUGGAAGCCAUGUGAGGUGUCGAGAUGGCAGGACGUGAAUAAAGUGGGAUACUUGUGCCUUUAUAAAAGCUUGCUGAUGCCUGCAACUGGAGGACCCUUUCUGCUUGGGAUUGGAUUGGUGUAUGGAUUUAUAAAAAAAGAAAAAGAAAAAAAAUGUACGACUUGUAUUAAAUAAUUAUGAAUGAUAAUGCAGCUAAGCAU